UACUGUUUGAGAAUGCGUUUUGCAAAGCAACUGUUAAGCAGGUUGCUGAGUCUUUCAGAGUUGGUGGCAUGCUGAACACUGCGGUUGCUAUUGUAGGAUUUUUUUUCUUCUUCAUUCGAAAUACCAAAAUUCUUCUAAGAUGGUGGCUCCAUUUCAUAUUUCGGUAAGAUCUUAUACACAUUAUUAUAGUGUUCAUUUUUUUCUUGUUUUUCAUGAGCUUUUUAUUGCUAUCAGAGAUGUUUCUUCAUUUGCAGCAAUCUAUCUAGAAGGGGUCCUUUGAUAAUAGGCACUGGAUCAGGUUUUCCUCUGCCUAUGCCGAUGAGCCGCUGGGUAAGAAAGACAUUGUACUAUUUGGUGUCUUUGACCCUCCAGCUACCAAGGAAGGUGCGGGGCACUAUUGUGGUGUUGCGUUAAACAUUAAGCAUCAUCGUUUUGAGCUGCUUGACUCUUGGCACCUCCCUGGUAGUGAGAGUGGCAUAAGGGUCAUAAACAGGAUGGCGAAGAACAUCAAGCAGCUUUGGAGGAAUGGCUCGUCUGAUCGCAAGAAGAAGUUGGAUUCGUGAAACAUUUACCAUUUCCGUUUGCACCACGUCGUUGUGCCGCGGCAGGAAAACCUGUAAUACAUCUUUUUGCUUCUUCUUUUACGUGUAGCUUGUGUUUUAUCUAUUUUUAAAUAUAACUGACGAUUAGAAUUAUCGUUUUUACUGUUUUUUUGUUUGUUGUCUUUUUAACUUUUGUCGAAUCUGCUCAACCAAAAUUAAACCUAACUGCCAUAAUAGUGUUAAUUAUAUGCUCAUUUUUUUCCAUGUCUGUAAAUUAGGUCUGUGUGAACUAACUGGGCAAGUGUUCUAAGUUAACUGAAAUAUCUUAGCUAAUGCUUUUAUCAUUAUAUCCUGCGUGCAUGGUCAAUCCAUGCGGAUUCAUUAAGCUAAGUUCAUACAUGUGUUUUAUAUCUAUGGUCAGGGUUCAAACCCUGUACAGGUGGAUUACUUGUGGGGUUUUUGACAUUAAUAUUCGUCAGGUGCUAGGUUAUUCUGGAGGUAUUGCAUUUCUUUUUCGUUUGCUUUUUGUUGGUUUGCAUUUUUUGUGGUCGUCCUAUUUUAUUCUCAGCACAAGGCCCAUUUCUAUAUUUUUGUCCACGCGCCCAAGUAUCUUCCUCGUGUGCCCUUCUUUUUUUGGUUUUUGUGUUGCAGAUCUUGGGCUGGACGAGCCUGAAUUUAGUUUGUUCGAGAGCCAAUGUGAGACGCCAGAAAUUCAGGUAAUAUCGGAUGAAGACAUAUUGAAGUCAGUUCAAACUGUUAAAGUAAAGAAGGGCGGUGUGGAAUCAAAAUCAAAGGGGCGACUUGUGCUAUCCCGAAGGCUGUGGAUCGUGGUGUGGAGAGCGAUGAUGAUUAUUUUAUGCCUCCGGCACCUAAAAAGUGUUUGUGGCCCAGAGCUGCUAGUCCUAUCAAAGUGGCAGUGAAAUCACCUCUCGUUCUGAGUGAUGAUGAUGAUUUUGUUUUGCGCGGUGAGAGAACAGUGUUCACGAGGAGCAAAUCAGUGGAGGAGCCAUUUGUAGUGUCUAAUAAAAGGGUCCUUCUAUUUAAGUGCACUCCUCCAACUGGCGAUGAUUUUAUAGUUGAUGCUAAAUAUCUGGUUACCUGCUUUGGUCCCGCUGGCUGCAUCAAUACUGAGUUGAUGGAUCUUGUGAUGAGCUAUUGGAAGGGUAGCCCUGAGUGCAACCAUGUGUAUAAAUCUGGAGAUAGGGUGUUGCUCAGCCCGUAUGUGAUAAAUUAUCUUCUGGAGAUUGAUCCAUACCAUCAGCCAGUUGAUGAAGAUGGGCAGGAGGUCCCGAGGCCGCCCUUCAAUGUUAAACUUGCUGCUCAGAAGUUCAAGUUAUACAUUAAAGAGAACCUGCUCGCUGCAAACCUGAUCAUGCUCCCAUAUUGGAAUCUGAAUCAUUUCACAUUGUAUACUAUGAAUAAGUAUCGUGAGUCCCUGGAUAUCCAUGACUCGUGGAGAUACACUCGGCGUAACCUUUCAAGGAACAGAUUCCAUGGAGAACAUGUUGAAAUCAUAUCCAGGAUGUCGUUGUUGAUGAAGGAGGUGUAUGGCGAAGCUGCAUACAACUCUUCAAGGCAGCCCCAUUGGGAACAUCUGGCAGAGAGAUGUAGCUAUGCAAAAACGCCAGAGCAAGGGGUUAACGAAUGCGGCUUUUACAUGUUAAAAGUUGCUUAUCCGUACGAUGGCACCAAGCUAGUAGAGGAAGUGAAGAAGCGCGAUCCACAUUCUGCCUACUGGAAGGCGGAGUGCCUUUUUAUGUUCUUUUUCACCCUAGUAAUGAGGUUUGGCGCAACCAGUAGUUGCGGGAGAUGGUUGACAUUGCUAAGUUGUUACAAGCGUAGUCGCAGGACAGCGAUGCAAGUAGAUGAAUAUGUGGAUGUGUUUUUAUGAAAGUUUUGUCAGUUUUCUGUAUUUUGUAGCAAGCAUGCUAACUGCAUCAUUAUGCACAUGCAAGUAUUUGCUCUGAUGUGUAGUUUACAUUCGUGCAUCUAGUUAGCUGCUAUUGAGGAUGUUGUUAAUGGUUGCAGUUACUGCUUUGCUAAUUGUGAAGACAAAAAGCAAAGCACACAUUGAA